AUGCGUCAUAAAUUUCGUUGUGGUCGCUUAGUAUUAAAUCGAAAUGGAUUAGUCAAAAAAAUUAAUCUUUCACAUGGUGGUGGUAUUCGUGAUUGUAAAUUUAGUCAUAUUGAUAUUGGUUUUGACGAGAUUCACGAUAAACUCCGUGAUAUAUUCAUACCGAAUUCACCUAAUCGUGUUUCGAUGUUAUACGAUUUUCAACGUAAAAAAUUAGAUACUAAACGAUAUCAAAAUUUUUACGACUAUAUUAAUCAACAUGGGUUAAAAUUUAAUUCAACGUUAUUGUACUUAUGCUUACCAGCAGGUAAUGAACGUAUUGCAAAUUCGACAUCAACUGAACAAAGAAGAAGAACAACAACAACACAAUCAAUACAAAAUCAACCUCAAGUACAAAAAAAAAUUCCUUGUAUUGAAAAUAUGAUCAUUAAAAUUGAUGAGGAUGAUGAUGACUCAUCACAUAAUCAUUUAUCAACUCAACCAUUUCCACCUGUGAAUCCUAUAGCUGAAAAUCUUCGAAUGUUUUCAUCAACAUCAUUUUCAAAUUAUUCAUUUGAAAAAUCAUUAAAUGAAUUCGUUGAUUAUCUACGUCAUUUAGUUACUCAAUACAAACAUGAAAAUAUAUUUCUUCAAUUAUUUGAACAUAUCUGUGAUAUUAGAGGUCGUUCAUCGAAUAAUUUAGACAGAUUAAAACAAGAAAGACAAGUAAUAGAUGAUAAACAAAAAGAAGUUUAUGAUGAUAUUUUUAAUAAAAUUGAACAAACAUCUCGAUCAAUUAAAGCAUUAAUUGAAUUAAAUAAAAUUAAAAUUUCUCAUAUUGAUCCACAUGCAAUUAUUAUUAAUGCAUUUAAUGUAUUUCAUCAAAAUUUCAAUACUCUACGUGAUCAAUGGAUUAAUAAUAAAAACAACAAUCGACAAAGUACAUCUGUUCCUUUAAGAAGUCCUCUAAUUGAUCGAACAUCAUCAAAAAAUUAUUCAACUGGUCGAGUAUCAUCAUCAUCAUCAAAUCGUUCAUUUCAUCCAACACCAUCAACAAAUUAUUCAGCUGGUCGAGUACCAUCAUCAUCAAAUCGUUCAUUUGGUCAACCACCACCAACAAACUAUUCAGCUGGUCGAGUACCAUCAUCAUCAAAUCGUUCAUCUGAACAACCACCACCAACAAAUUAUUCAGCUGGUCGAGUACCAUCAUCAUCAAAUCGUUCAUUUGAUCAACCACCACCAACAAAUUAUUCAGCUGGUCCAAUACCAUCAUCAUCAAAUCGUCCAUUUGAUCAACCGCCACCAACAAACUAUGCAGCUGGUCGAGUACCAUCAUUAUUAAGUCUUUCAUUUGAUCAACCACCACCAAGAAACUAUUCAGCUGGUCGAGUACCAUCAUCAUCAAAUCGUUCAUAUGAACAACCACCACCAACAAAUUAUUCAGCUGGUCGAGUACCAUCAUCAUCAAAUCGUUCAUUUGAUCGAUCACCACCAAUAACCCGUUCAACAAGUCGAGGAGCUUCAACUAGUCAUUCAACUUAUCAAGCACAAUUAAUAAACCGUCCAGUUGAUCGAACAUCAUCAACAAACUUCUCGUUUUCAUCAUCUCGAUCCCAUUCUGAAACUUAUUCUCGAAAACAAGCACGAACAUUAUCAUCAUCACCUCAUCGGUCAUCAUCAUCAUCAUCAUAUCAAAAAUCAACAGAAGAAAACAAAGAUAACAAUAUUUCAUUAUUUAGAAAUAUAUUCAAAUCACUUGAUUAUUUAUUGAAUGUUUUAAGUCAUCUACGUUUCACAUCAUUCUAUCAUUAUGUUAAAUUAAUUAUCGAUGAAAUAGAAACUUGUCGAUCAACUAUCAAAUUAUCUAAUUAUGAAUCUUUAUGUGAUGUCGAAAAAAGCAUAGAGUCAAUAGAAUGUCGUAUUACAAAUAGAAUGAAUAAUGAAUAUAAUCAUGCAUCACCACAUACAAUAGAUCGACAGCUUGAACAUUCAUAUCGUGAAACAUUAGAUUCAAUUCGUCAAUUAUUAACUUCAUUUCGUGUUUAUAAAUCACGAAUAGAAAACAAUAAACGAGCAAAAACAACGCGUUGGUCAUCAUCUGCUCUUCCAUUAUGUGUUGAAUAUCAACAUAUUGAAACUAAACCAACAAUUCAAAUAAAUCAACUAGAUAUAAAAAUCGAUGAUGAUCAAAGUUCUGAAGCAUCACAUUCAUCAUUAGGUGAUGAAGUUUUAAUGGAAGUAGCAAAAACUGCAUACGAACAUAGACCACAUUGUUAG